GGAGUCGAAGUACUGUUGUGCUAUAAAAGGUUAUUCCUUUGUAAGCUUCAACACACGAACAUAUUCUCUCCUCUGCUUCUUCUUUGUUUUUUCGAGUCUUUUGAAACUCUGAAUCAUGUAUAGAGUUGCGAGUCCAUCGGAGUACCUGGCCAUAACCGGCGUCGGUAUCAAAAACAUCAAGCUUGCGAAGAAGGGAUGGGUACUCCCAGGCCAAUCAUGCACGGUCUUCGAUGUUUCGCCGGUGAAUUACACCUUCGAAGUUCAAGCCAUGAGUGCCGAGAAGCUCCCCUUUGUCCUACCUGCCGUGUUCACAAUCGGUCCUCGCGUCGACGACAAGGAGAGCCUCCUCAAGUACGCUCAACUUAUCGCUCCACACGACAAGCAUUCUCAUCACGUCAUUGAACUUGUUCAGGGAGUAAUUGAAGGAGAAACGAGAGUCCUCGCUGCUUCAAUGACCAUGGAGGAGAUCUUCAGAGGCACUAAAGAGUUUAAACAUGAAGUAUUCGGGAAAGUGCAGCUUGAACUCAAUCAAUUUGGUCUAAUAAUCUACAACGCCAAUGUCAAACAGCUUGUGGAUGUGCCUGGUUUUGAGUACUUUUCUUACCUAGGACAGAAGACUCAGAUGGAGGCGGCCAAUCAGGCCAAAGUUGAUGUGGCGGAGGCGCGGAUGAAGGGAGAGGUUGGUGCAAAGCUCCGGGAGGGACAGACCACGCAAAAUGCGGCGACGAUUGAUGCGGAGACGAAGAUAAUUUCGACGCAGAGGCUUGGAGAGGGGAAGAAGGAGGAGAUUAAAGUGAGGACUGAAGUUAAGGUCUUUGAGAACCAGAGAGAGGCGGAGGCGGCGGAGGCUGAUGCUGAGUUGGCAAAGAAGAAGGCUGGGUGGGGCAGGGAGGCACACGUGGCGAAAGUGGAGUCGGAGAAGGCGGUGGCGAUCAGAGAGGCAGAGCUGCAGAGGGAGGUUGAGAUGAUGAAUGCCUUGACUAUGACUGAAAAACUCAAGGCAGAGUUUCUUACUAAAGCCAGCGUUGAGUAUGAAACCAAGGUUCAGGAGGCAAAUUGGGAACUUUAUAAGAAACAAAAGGCAGCGGAGGCAAUUCUAUACCAGAAAGAAAAGGAGGCAGAGGCACAAAAGGCAAGUGCAGAGGCAACAUUCUUUGCUCGUCAACAAGUCGCGGAUGGUGAACUCUACGCGAAGCAAAAGGAGGCGGAAGGACUCGUUGCCAUGGCCAAAGCCCAAGGAACAUACCUUGGCACCCCCCUCGGCUCACUUGGUGGUGACUAUGGUGCUUUAAGGGACUACCUGAUGAUAAGUGGUGGAAUGUUUCAAGAUAUUGCUAAAAUUAAUGCUGAGGCUGUGCGUGGUUUGCAGCCCAAGAUUAGUGUGUGGACCAAUGGUGGUGGCGAUGACGGUGGUGCCGCCAUGAAGGAGGUUGCUGGUGUUUACAAGAUGUUGCCCCCGUUGUUUAAGACUGUUCAUGAGCAAACUGGGAUGCUGCCACCGGCGUGGAUGGGGACUUUGACUGACCCUAAUGUCAAGCCCCCUACGACAUCCGUUUGGAAGGAUUAGGGCUACGUUCCUUGUCACUUUUCGUUUGUUUUUGGUUUAGUUUUUGAUUUUUUCUGUGUGCUUUUUAAUUUGACAUGCAAAGUCUCUGUUACGUGAAACUGGAAAUGUUUACUAAAUAAUCCUAUAUUUCAUUGUCAAUUCAACUC